AUGGCAUCCUCAUCUAAUGGCACGCAAAUAAACCUUCUCAUGAAAUGCGAGAACCUCCAGAAAGUCGGUGCUUUCAAAAUCAGAGGAGCAACCAAUGCAAUCACCACCCUCCUGCAAAACCUAGUAGAGACGAACCAGAAAUAUUCAAACUUGACUGUCAUCACACACUCCUCAGGAAACCAUGCACAAGCACUCGCAUACGCCGCUCGAGCGCUCGGAGUCUCCUGUCAAGUCGUCAUGCCCUCCAACUCCGCCUCCGUCAAAAAGGACGCUGUACGCGGCUACGGAGCUAUAAUAACAGAAUGCAUCCCAACUCUCCAAGCCCGUGAAGAUACCACAAAGGAGAUAAUCGACAGCCUUCGAAGUGCUAGCCAAGCCGUUGAGUUUAUCCCGCCAUACGACGAUGUUCGGAUUAUCGCGGGGCAGGGAACACUCGCUUUGGAAUUCCUCGAGCAAGCUAAAGAACUCGAACACCCAUUAGAUGUACUGAUUACCCCAGUCGGUGGAGGCGGUAUGCUCUCUGGCUGCGCCGUAGCAGCAAAGAGCAUCGAUCCAGGAAUCUUCGUCAUUGGUGCAGAGCCCGCCGCAGCUGACGACGCCCACAAAUCAUUUUACUCAAAAACCUUCGUUCCAGCCGUAAAUCCCAACACCGUUGCCGAUGGUCUACGCACAUCACUAGGCCAGAUCAAUCUCCAUCACAUCCUGAAAUACGUCGACGCAAUCUACACUGUAACUGAGGAACAAAUCAUUCGAGCCAUGAGGCUAGUAUACGAGCGCGUGAAACUCGUUAUCGAACCAAGCUCCGCGGUUACCUUGGCCGUCGCUCUGUACUCACAGGAAUUCCAAGCAAUGCUCAAAGAGCUAGCCAAGAACAGAGGUAAAGGUGACGCGGACCCGUUAAAUGUAGGAUUGGUGUUCAGUGGAGGAAACGUUGAUCUACUUAAACUUAGUGCUCUUUUUUCAUCUGUAUAA